AUGAACGAUGACACUGAGUACGACAAUGCUAUGAACUGUGCGAAUGCAUACUGGCAGCAUCCAGCAGAAGAUGGCAACACAGACCAACUACCAAGGCAGAUGACCAGGCGAACAGAAAGAGUUAUAUGCAGACUCAUGACGCAAGCGAUAUAUUUUGCAAAUGCGUGGAGCAGUGAGGUAAAGGAUAACAUAAGGGAGGACUCCGUGCACAAUAGAGAAAUUAAGGGAUUAAUACGGUGUACAAUAGUGGACGUAUAUAAAGACAUACUGACGGAAGCCGGAUGCGAGGGUCACUGGGGCACAUAUUAUGCAUGGUACGUCGUGGACCAAAUGUGGGAAGCCAUGAAGGACACUUGGCGCGACCAGCAUUGUAACAACGGCAAGUACAAGACUAUAGAAUUGAAGACUUGGAACACGCGGAAUAAGAUGAAGGAAUGGCUCAAGCAGGAUGCACGCGUGAAGAAGAAACUUGAGCAGGAACAAAUAAGCGAUGGGUGUACGGGAAGGAAGGUACAGACUAGGGAACAACUGCAAAAGGAAGGAGAAAUAAAGGACAACGCGGAUGAAAAUAAGAAAGACGAAGAACUGAAGACGAGAAUGAAGGCGGAUAUUAUGAAACAUUUGGGAGUAGUGCAGCAAGAACUGGAGCACGAGGAGGAGAAAUUAAGGGCGUCAGGUGCGCCAGCACCCACGUACGAUUCUGUGGGCGCAGAAGACACCAAGGAUGCCGAGAUAGCGAAACACAUGAAGGGGAAAAUCGCAGACGUGCAGGAGAAAUUAAAGCCGGUAAUCGCGAAGAAUGCCGCUGCACAAGAAGCCGCAGCCAAAGCAGCAAACACACCAUCAAAGGCAUCGCCAGGAGGCAAGAAACCGGCAGUAUCACCACCUAAGGUACCAGAGGCACCAACGGAUCCUGUUCCUGAGGACAAGAUACCAGUACCAACACCUCCAUCGGACGCACAGGCACCAGCCGUAGGAACAGGAGGAAGGUCUGACACACCACCAGCGGAUGCUUCUGCGGGCACACAAAAGGGGAAAGACGCGGAAACAGCAGGUAAGUGCACGAGAGAACCCAAGGUAUUUACACAUAGCAACACCCGAUUCGGCCUCAACGGAGCCAGCGCAACCAUCACCCUUUCCAUUGCAUGCAGCUCGGAAAACGCUGAUGACUGUGACACGACGCCCCAAGACUCGGGACCAGGUAGUGUCCUGAGUGAAUAUUGA